GUUUUAUUUAAUAUUUACAGAAGAUAGAAGUGAGCUUAUUUUAUUAGUUCUUUUUGAAUUUGAACGGGAGCGCGCAUAGGCCUACAAGAGCUUUUAACCGCAUGUCAGGACAAAUAUUUAGUUUACUAGCACGCAUGCGCAUCAACAAAAAAUAUCGAUCUAGAUCGAUACAGAAAACCUCAUCUCUAUUUUACCUCUGACUAGACAUCAGACUUAUUGUGAACUAGACAUGUUAGCAUUUUGCUGUUCCGUGUCACCGUGAUGUCAACAAAACCCCUAACCUCAAUUUAUUAAAAAAGUGGAAAAUUUAUAAUUUUUUAGGUAAAAAGUACAUAUAAGAAGACAAUAUGCUAGUGUUAGUAUUAGGCGAUUUGCACAUUCCACAUAGAUGUAGCAGUUUACCAGCAAAGUUCAAGAAGUUAUUGGUGCCUGGGAGGAUCCAGCACAUCCUCUGUACCGGAAAUCUGUGCACCAAAGAAUCUUACGAUUAUCUCAAAACACUUGCCAGCGAUGUGCACGUUGUCAGAGGCGACUUUGAUGAUGUAUGUAAUCAUAACUUGAACUAUCCUGAACAGAAAGUAGUAACAGUAGGCCAGUUUCGGAUAGGUCUAUCCCAUGGUCACCAAGUAGUUCCUUGGGGAGACCCAGAAGCACUCUCACUGAUUCAGAGACAAUUGGAUGUUGAUAUUCUGAUAUCAGGUCAUACUCACAAGUUUGAAGCAUAUGAACACGAGAACAAAUUUUAUAUCAACCCUGGGUCUGCUACAGGCGCUUACAACGCUCUUGACACUUCGAUAACGCCUUCAUUUGUUCUGAUGGACAUACAAAAUACAACAGUGGUCACUUAUGUUUAUCAACUGAUGGGUGAAGAUGUCAAGGUUGAAAGAAUUGAAUAUAAGAAGAUCUGAACUGUGUUUAAGUUUUAUCUAUUAUUAAGUAUUAAGUACUGUAUUAUGAGUAUAUGAAAUUCAUGAAAAAGAUUGGAUAUUUAUUUCUGAAAUCUUCUUACUUUCAGAAAGCCCUGGUCUUUUAGGUGUGCAACAUCUAAAUUAUGCAUUUCUUUUAAUAAAAUUUGUGUUAUUAUCAAGCUGUUACAGAUGUAAAAUUUUUAGCAUAUUCUAUCUUUUUUGAAUAUAUUAAUUUGCUAUCAUUUAUGUUUAUUAUUAUGAUACAUACAUAUGUCUAAUUGUAAAAAUGAUUUUUUCAAUUAUCUCAUCUUUAUAUUUUAGGACUUUAUUAUAAUAUGAUAUGCUAUUCAGAAGGUAUAAUAUGUCAAAUUUCUUUAGGU